GUUUACCCAACAUGCACUUCGGGUUUGAGAGGUUGAAGCAAGAUGGCGACUAAAAUAAGCAAAGAAAGUCCCCCUCCUUUUGAUUGUCCAUCAUGGGCAGGAAAACCGCCUCCUGGGCUCCAUCUGGACGUGAUGAAAGGAGACAAACUCAUAGAGAAACUUAUCAUAGAUGAAAAGAAGUACUACUUGUUCGGGAGGAACCCUGACUGGUGUGACUUCACCAUCGACCAUCAGUCGUGUUCACGAGUUCACGCAGCCCUAGUUUACCACAAACAUCUGAAAAGGGUCUUCCUUAUAGACCUCAACAGCACACAUGGCACCUUCCUUGGACACAUCCGCCUAGAGGCACACAAGCCUCAGCAGGUUCCUAUAGACUCUACAAUAUCUUUUGGGGCCUCAACACGGACCUACACGAUCAGAGAAAAACCCCAAACCCAAGGCAGCACUGGCACGGGAGACAGUAAGACAGGCGAUGAUGAGGAGCUGAAAGGACUGCUUGGGCUUCCAGAGGAAGAGACAGAGCUGGAGAACCUGACAGAGUUCAACACUGCUCACAACAAGCGCAUUUCCCUGCUGACCAUUGAAGAAGGCAACUUGGAAAUCCAGAGGCCUAAGAGGAAACGGCGGAACUCCAGAGUCACUUUCAGUGAAGAGGACUCCAUCAUUAACCCAGAGGAUAUAGACCCGUCGGUUGGACGCUUUAGAAAUAUGAUCCAGACUGCUGUCAUCCCCAUCAAGAAACGGAGAUCAGAGGGCCAAAACACCCUGGGUCUUGAUGACUUGACUUCAAAACGUAUCCAUGGCUACAGUUUGGGUGGUGGCCUUUAUGGGGACUUGCCUCCCAUCAGUCAUGAGAACCAACCAACAGGAGCUCCAGGAGGUGCUGCAAUGCAGGGAGGACUUCCUCUUCCCUUCCCCAAUCCAGCACCAGAAGUAGACCUCGCCCCCGAGGCUCCCCAGCCACCCGUCACCCUCAACCCUACACCGGUAACAGCCCCCUACCUCCCAGAGACCCACAACGAGCCACGCAAAAAGAAGUAUGCCAAAGAAGCUUGGCCGGGAAAGAAACCCACCCCCUCAUUACUCAUCUAACCGGUUUCUUCAAGCUGCUGACUCUCAGGUUACCAGCAGAUACAUCAGGGACUGUGACCUGGCAGAGCUAGAGCCAUUCACUAUUAUAAUUUUUGUUUUUUUUGUUGUUGCAUCUUUUUGUCAUUAGAUAAAAAAGACGUUACACAAUUUCCCUGUCACAAGCUAUCAUAUACUUCACCAAGUCAGCAUAAUCUUGUUUAUUGCGAACAGAAUGAACCUAAAUUUACAAGACUUGGCAGCGAGCCUCAGAGUGGCAGUCAGAUUUAUUUUUUUUGUUUUCUUGAGUGACAGGCCACACGGAUAUAAUGGGUCAUUUAGUUUUGUUUUUGAUGGAUGUACAGCGGUGUUUUUUUUCUACACGUUUUAAAUAAUUUUUCACUCCUUCAGAAUGUUGACAGUGCUUUUAAAGAAAUGGCAAAAAAAAACAACUUUUAUAUGAGAUAUUUUACUGUGAGAAGUCAGAAAAGUCUGAAACGUCUCGACGCGUAAAUGGAAUUUCUGUCAAAAACAGGGCUGCUUUUUGUUUUUGAAAACUUAAUUGAUAUAAUGUGAUUACGUAUUGUACUCACUGCUCUCACUUAAAGUUUUCAUUACAUGUAUUAGACCAGUAUCAAAUCAACUGAAGUGUCUUGCAUUUUUAUUACAAGCCACUAGAUGGCGACUUGUGCACAAAGGUUGAAGAGUUUUCAUUGAGGUGUGAUGGCAGGCUUGCAGGUGGCAUUGUUUAUAGCCUGUUGCACUAACAUUAACUAAAAUAUAUCUGUGGUAUCCCAUGAAAGUGGUGCUGCAGCUUUCAAGUUAUUAAUUUGGAUUCUCAUGCAGGUAAAAGCCAUUUGCCCAGUCCUAACCGUAUACUGAUCAUACUUGUCCUUUGACUUUUUCUGGUAUUGAGUUAAAAUUUUUUUGUUGCCCAUUUCCCAGCACAGAUCUACUGUAAAUACAAGGAUUUUUACAGUUUAUAUGUUUGGCAUUUAAUUGGACUGUUGUCAAGCACAUUCUAGCACAGUAACAAAUGCCAAAUUUGAUGCAAAAAUACAAUGUUAGAAAAACAUAAAAGUUUGAAUUUAGACAGUUUGAUUAUAUAGCAUGUGAACAUUUUUCACAUUAGCCUUAUCUUCUUUUCCUGAACCAACGUGAGACAUAGGAACAGUCUUUGCACAUAGUAGUAAAAACAUAGCUCACUCUGUCAAACAUGUUAUCAGCCUGCUGUAUGAGGUUUUUAAAAGAAGUUUACUACAAAUUUAAAACUCCAAUGAAGUGGUAUUAUUGGUAUAGAUGUUUUGGGGUUUUUCUCUUUCCAAUGUAGACAGUACAGAGGUGACAGAAAGUAAACAGUAGGGAAAAAAGAAUCACACCAACAAUGCUAGAGUCAUACCACAAGGCCACAACAAUAAAUAUUUGUUCUUUUCAAAAAAAUUGGUUUGUCAGAAAUUAACUAACAAAGUAUCAAGAUUUAAUGGCAACUAUUGGGUCAAUAGAUACUGUAAAGACUGGUUGAGUUGAUAGAACGAGGAAAAAGACCAGAUGACCUUAGUUUUCUUGAAAAUUUAAGUAGCUGUUAAAUGGAGUCUUUAAAGAAAUGGAAGGUUGCAAAUCUGAGACACACAAAAAAAGACAUUUCAUUUUUACGAACUGUGCUGGUGACUUUCUGUCCUUGUGAGUGUGUGGAUUUUGUAAUGAUAUGACUGUAAAUAAAAAAUUAAUUACUUUUGA